CCCUCAACAAAUUCCACAAAAUGAGGCUUCGACAAAACCCUCAGUAUCAAAGUCUGAACAAUCCUUGGAUCAAUAUUCUAACAAAGCUAUCUUCUUCUGAUAAGAUUAUGAAAAGUUUAGCAAAGUGUCUCCAAAUAACUCAAUCAAAAAAUGCAAAGAAUGAAAAAUCCUCUUAUGAGUCUAACCAGAACAAGUCAUAUUUUAUGCCAUUAAUCGUUUCCUCUCCUCAAAAUUCAAGAAAUCAAAGAUAUGGUUUUCAUGUCAAUCAAAAUCAAAAAAAAAACUUUGGGUUUUUGGAAGGGGGAGAGUUCCAAUGAAAGUGUCAUUUC